ACACCACGUCGUCACACGCAAACCACACGACCGACGACACGACUAAAGCGAAAGAGUCGCCACACGAGUGUGACAGCACCUCGCUCGCGAUCAAGCCAUGGCUUUCGCGGCUCGCCGUAGCGGUGGUGGUGCACUGUUGAUGAUGCUGGCCGUGGCGGCGGCGGUUGUGGGGCCGGCGGGCGCGGACUUCGCGGCGGACAAGGCGGAGUGCGCGGACAAGCUGAUGGGGCUGGCGACGUGCCUGACGUACGUGCAGCUGACGGCGACGGCGCGGGCGCCCACGCCGGACUGCUGCUCCGGGUUCCGGCAGGUGCUGGGCACCAGCAAGCGGUGCAUGUGCAUCCUGGUCAAGGACCGCGACGAGCCGGCGCUCGGGAUCAAGGUCAACAUCACCCGCUCCAUGAACCUCCCCUCCGUCUGCAACAUCGCCGCCACCUUCUCGGACUGCCCCAAGAUCCUCAACAUGGCGCCGGACUCCAAGGAGACGGAGAUCUUCAAACAGUAUGCACGUGAGCACGAGGGCAAGAACGCCGCCACCACUUCGCCCACCGCCGCCGCCGCCACCGCCACCGGUACUGCCGCCGGGAAGAGCGUGGACGCGACGUCCGGUGCAGGGAGGCACACGGUGGUCUUCGCCACCGUCGUCUCGGCGCUGCUCGCCUCCGCCUUUGUUCUCGCGUGAUGAUAGGCUUGUCUGCGGCUGUAGGAAAGAGACCAAGACACUUUCAUGAUUGUGCUGGGCUGGGCUGUGUAGUUUCCAGCCUUCGGCCUUCAGUUCGGCUUUGUGUUUGCUGUGUGUAGCGAGUGAAUCCUCAUCACAGAAAAAAUAAAUUGUUGUGUAGUGCGUGAGUUGCAAGUCUUUCUUUUCCCCCUCCCCAACCACUCCUCUCCCUCUCUUUCUCUCUUUGUUGCGAAUAGUGAGUUGCCUCCCUGAUUAAUUAGUUCAUGUUGCAACUUGCAACUACCCUACCAAAAUUUCAUGUCCCGGUUUGAUUAUGAUAUCAAGAGUUUCUCCCUUCGUUUUCUUUUCUAGAAAAAGAUGGUGUGCAAUUAAUAUGGGUGAUUGAUUUCUUAGAUGAUA